UUUAAUCUGUCACCCUAAAGUCUACCCACUGACAGCUGUCCGUGUAUGUUGACGUGUUCCUCAGGAUAUUAUGGGGUCGCUCUGACCACGGUCUCGGCUGCAGAGUCCACUUCGCAUUUUGAGCGACGCCCCCAAAUUCCGUGCAGAGUGUUUGCAGACCCUCCGGGACGGAGAGGUGGAGGAGGAAUCGGCAGCUCCACCGUCCAUAUACACUACAAUCACCACGCCAUUAGUUCAUGACUUCAUCAUAUGUUUGACAGGAGAGUUUGGACCCUAUUUGGAAGCUCUCCAGGACUCUGAGGCUGCUGCAGAGAAUGGGAAUAGGGACACAGGCCAAGGCUUGCCAUUUUGGCUGAAGUAACAGCAGGACGGUUGUCAACCCCGCAUCGGCUUCAAUCCCCUUCUCCCUUACCUCUCCUCCCACACACACACACACACACAACACACACACACACACACACACACACACACACACACACACACACACACACACACACACCACACACACACACACACACACACACACACACACACACACACACACACACAAAAACACACACACACACACAAACACACACACACAAACACAAACACACACAUAUACACUCACACAAGGACAGACACCCCCCCCACACAGCCAUUGCUAUGUCCACUGCCGUAGACAUCGCUGGCCCUUCCUCCCCAGAUCAGCCCCACAGCAGUGCUAAAAUCCCCAAUGAGCCUCUGAGACCCAGCCUUAAGCGCUCCAACCACCCCUACAGCCUCUCCCAUUACAUCUCCACCCCUUCCCCUGCCGUGGACGUCAAAGGCCUGAUCCAGCCCUCUCCGGCCCAGCAGCGGGCUGCCCAGCCUGCGCACACUAAGCCCCGCCGGGCCCCUUCCUGGCCUGACAUGUGGGAGUCGCCCAGCGGGCUCCACCUGGCCCACGCCGCAGAGCUGCUGAUGCGCGCUGGGCUGCUGGCGCUGACCCCGGCCUCCACAGAGCAGGCCGGCCUGGGCGCACAGAGCAGCCAGCCGGUUAAAAGGGAGGCUGUAGAGGCAAAGGGGGAUGCGGAGGGAGGUGGGUCGGGGCCCGAGGAGGACGAAGAGGACUCCUCUGGAUGUGGCACCGAAUUCCAGCCCUUCCUGGGUGCUUGGUUCCCCUUCAGCCCCGCUCUGUUCCCCCUGGCAGGCUUCCAGAUGGGGGGAGGCCACUGGAGGAGCGCGGCCAUGGGAGCUGAGGGCAUCGAGGGGCUGGUGGCCGAGGGCUACUCACCUGGCUCUCUGGGAGGGGGCAGCGGAGGGAGGAGGAAGAGGAAGAGGUGUGGGGAGUGCGUACCUUGUCGGCGACAGACGAACUGCGACCAGUGCAGCAGCUGCCGCAAUCGCAAGAGGGGACACCAGAUCUGUAAAUACAGGAAGUGUGAGGAGCUGAAGAGGAAGCCGGGGGGUCCUGGGUUUGAGAGCAGAGUGUCUGGGUUUGAUCUAAGGGGCUCCGACUUUACUUUGGGUCUGGCACAGGAGAGAAGCAACGGCACCUUGGAUGGAUAAUACUGAUAGGGUGGGUGGCAGCAUUUGUCAGAGGAUCCUGGUUGGAUGAUUGUUGAGGGGCUGCAGUAAAUAAAAGCACACAGGACACCAUGAUAACACUCGGACUGUGGUUCAAAGAUCUCGUCAGAUCUCGUGCUUAACGAGGAGCUGCAGCUCCGUUAGAGAAUGUCCAAACUCGUUCCCAUCCUUUCUUUUGACAAUCAGUGAGUCGGAGAGGAGAGAAAAAAGGAUACCAAUGUGUGUCAAUAUUUAGAUGACGACAAAAAAAAUGCUGUAAAUAGACUGUAAAUAUCUGGAAAACAUUAUGUCUUUUUUUACAUCCCUUUCCAGUUUGGAUGUAUUGUGUUUCAACAUUAAAAAAAAGGAGCCAAAUGUUUUGUUUCUAACGGCGAGUUUUGUUUUCUGUUGUUCUGACGUCACUGCAUCAGUAAGAAAUGAAUGAGUUCAGCUUAGGCUAAAUUAUGUCAUGUGCAACUUGUACUGUAUAGCUCUGUUUGCCCUUUUGAAAUAAAAUAAAUUGGCCAUGUGAA